UCAUGCAAGUGUCUUAGAGAAACAUGAGCUUUUACUCACUAAGCGGUUCUGUAACUCUCCUUGGGUUUUUCCUCUGUAUAUCAGAAGUAGAGAGCAUGAGGACACUGAAAAAUGUAGCUGUAAAAAGUGGAGGAUCUGUCACUAUUCCAUGUCUUUAUGAUGAGAAGUACAAAGCAAACAAAAAAUUCUGGUGCAAAGGGUACCAUUGGUCUACCUGCAGUAUCGUAGCCUCUGCAAACUCAAGUGGAAAUCCAUCAGUCAUUGAUCAUCCAGAGCAGAAUUUGUUCACAGUGGAACUGAACUCUGUCUCUGAGUCUGGAACGGGUUGGUGUGCUGCAGAAAUUGGGGAUAAAUGGCAGCCGGAUGAUCGUGAUUAUUUGUACCUGACGCUUAGUCAAGAUCCUGAUCUGUCAGUGAGCGAGAGCAGAGUGAGAGGUGAGGAAGGAGGCAGCGUCACAGUCCAGUGUCUCUACAGUGCUGCGUAUCAGAAUACACAGAAGCAGUGGUGCAGAUUUAAAGAUGGACAAUGCAACACAGUGAGGACUGAAACAUCCCAGAAUUCAGCAGUGUACAUCAGUGAUGAUGGGAGAAGAUCCUUCAGUGUGAGGAUGAGCAGACUGAAGAAGAGUGAUACUGGAUGGUACUGGUGCAGUGCAGGAGAUCUGCAGGUUCCUGUUCACAUCAGUGUCAGUGAUCCACCUCCAGGUAUUAUCACAAACACUGAUCAACUUUAACAAAUGAUGAGACAGAAAUCACACUGAUUAUUUUACUUUGCUAACAGUCACAACAUUAAAGACAACAGCACUGACUACAAAAGUGACUACAACAGUGACUACAACCGCUCAUCAAAACAAUACAUACACGUAAGUAGGAAAGCUUCAUGUUAUUUAGGCAUGGUGUUUUCCUCUGCAGUUUUACAUGUUUUUUAUUCAUGAACCAUUUCAAAGAUGGAAGUGAUGUGAAAAAAAAAAUCAUAAAAAAAAAUGGAUACAAAUCUGUCUGAGAGGCAAAAAAAAAAGCACAAUUCAGGUAACAUCAGAUUUACAUAUAUGGAAUAAAAUUACUGUAUCAGUUCAUCUUAGCACAUGUUUCUAAUUUUAGUUAUUUCUCACCCACAGUGUUGGUAAAACACCUUUAUCCUUUCUCACGGAAAAUGUAAAUUUGUUGCCUUAUGCAAAGACAAACAUGUGAACAUUACAUGAUAAUUUCUUGCUUGUUGAAACUUUCUCAUGUCACAGGAUCUUAUAGAAAAACACAUGAAAUCAAUGAGUACCAGAUUUAUUAAAGAAAAUUUUCUACUAAUAUAAUUUUAUAUUUUAUAACAAUUUACACCACAGAUAUAAAGUAAUAAAAUAACUACAUGUACUCUUGGUACAGUACUUUAUUAAAGUAGAACAUUUAAAUGAUUUGUAAAUGUUGUAAUAGUUUGAUACUUUACACUUCUGCCUAACUAGAGAACAUGCCAAUAGGAUAUUUAACUACUGAUGAUGAAUGAAGGAUUAUUAAUGCAUGAUGAUUAAU